AUGAACCAGUCAAUUGCUGUUUUAUUCAAGUCCCGUCUAUUUCUUGGUAACUUGAGGAAACGUGCCUCUGACGAAGCUACCCCACCGGUGGAGAAGGAGGAUACGGCGGCAAAACCCUCGAAGUCACAGGAAGAUGCAUUUGCAGAUGUGGAAACACCAGAAGGUCUGAACUGCAUUAAAGAAGAAAGCUCUGCGGUUUCAGAUGAGGAGGUAGAGCAAUUGCAGGUGCCAAAGCAAUCCAGAGGGGGCAAGUUUCGCACAUUGAAGAACCGCAUGACAAGUCUGCCCGAUCUACACUUUAAAUCCACAUCCAGUGUCGAAAGCACUUCCGAAAGCCGAGCGGAAGAGGCGUCCAGCGAAGGGUCGAAGUCGACACGAUCGCGCGACUCCAGUAAUCACCACAACUUAAACAGAUUGAGAGAGAAAACAAAGUCUUGGUUCCAACACAAUAAUAUGGAGGACCAAGACAGUGACACACUGCUAAAAGCAGUGCCUAAGAUCAAUUCUGUUAGCGAUAACAUGGUGUGCUUUGAUUGCGAGCCUAUUAAGAAGUCAGGCAAGCGCUCCAUGGAAAAAAGGCUCAGUAUGGGAAGUAUAAGCAGAAUAAAUACAGCAUCCUCUACUGGAUCUUCUGUCAGGCACCGAUCAUACUAUGCGCGCUGGAGUCUGGUACGUUCAAACUCUGAGGUUGGUGCCAGCAAAAGGUUAUCGACGUUUUCUCAAAGCUCGCGCAAUUCAAUGGAAAGCAGCGGCGACCAGGGCUCCAUGCUUACCAUAAAUCCUGUUGUGAGGAGACGUAGUAAGACGGUUGGGGCAUUAGAUCAGGAGAAAAAACAGAAAGGGGGAAAUUAUACGCAGACAUCUCGUGUGAGGUCAAAUAGUUCGCUCAACAACCAAUACAUGACCAGUCCUGUUACGAACACAAUUCCUCCAAACACAUCCACCUCUCAACUUGCAAUUCCUUUCCCAGCCCAACCUCCAGCGUCUCCGCGUUUUUCGAACUCUAGUUCACGGAGAAGCAAUUCCAUAGUUAACGCCAUCAGCAAUUUCGUUUCAAUCAAACAGUCCAGUUUUUCAAGUAAAGGCAAUCCUCCCAAGUAUUUGUUAGCGUUAGAAUUUCUUCCAAGUCCUCCUAAACCUUUACCGGAAGACUCUUGUGAAGAAUAUCUAAUGAAACUUGGUGAUUACGGGAAAUUCAUAUCCGUCAUUUUAAGCAAAGAGGAUGAUCCUUUCAAAACCAAAUGUCUCAAUGUUUUCAUCGAAAAUUAUUUUGAAUUCCAAGAUGAGCCUUUGGAUAUCUCUCUCAGAAAGCUUCUCAUGUUUAUUGAGCUUCCGAAAGAAACACAACAAAUAGACCGUGUCCUCACCGAGUUCAGCAAGGUUUACUAUGAAACUAAUAAAGUAAACAGCAUGUGGGAGAGUUCAGAUCAAGUGUACUUUAUGACCUAUUCUCUUCUAAUGCUACACACUGAUGCAUUCAACGCAAAUAAUAAAUCUAAAAUGCUAAAGCAGGACUUUGUAAGGCUCUUACGCACAGAUUCCGAAUCAGGUGGUAAUUUGAUACCCAAGGAAUUGUUGGAGUAUUUCUACGAUAACAUAACAUCGCGGGAGUUCUCACAAGUUGAUUUGCCCUUGAAUGUCUUUGGAAGCGAAGAAGCUACAUUUGAUGAAGGGGACAAUCAGCCUGUGGACAAUCAAUUCCACACGCCAGUACCAUAUUCGCCAAAAGAUAUAAUCAAAUCUGGGAGUUUAUUUUCAAGGCCAGAUAUUUCACCAUUAAUGAUGGGAGGACGCUCAAGUAGUAAUCCACUAGUAUCAUAUAUUUCAUUGAAUGCUACUCCAAAUACCUCUUCACCAUCAUCUCUAAGUAACAUAUCCAUUAGGAAUGAUGAUAUCGAUAUUUAUUUCCACAUUGCAAACGAUUCUUUAAAAUCUGUGAUGCUCCAAGCAGAUGUCGACUAUAUCUGGGAUGACACCUUUGAAACAACGAUCUGUGAUGAGCGCUCAAAGAUCUAUAACAAGUACAUGGCUGUUAUCAAGGAAACGAAAGGUGGAUAUUUAUGCCUCGAGAAAACACAUGCUGCGGCAAUUCUACAAGGAAACUACGAUACCAUUUUCCCCGAUGACGAAGAGUCAGAUUAUGUAUACUUGAAGAUCAUACAGAUGGGGCAAUUGGAAGAGCUCUUCACGAACAGAAAAUUUUCAAUAGUGGGAAGUAUUAACAGAACAUCAUGGCGAAACUUUUUUGGUAUUUUGACGAGUUGUUGUCUCUUUGUAUUCAAUGAUGGAGAUUGGGUUGAUCCAACUAUUAUCACAGAUGCCAAAACAAAUACAUCAAACUAUAUUCUUGAUUGCAAGCCAGCUGUUGAAAUCCAUAUGAUAUUGGGGUGCAACGGGCUAUUUGCAACGGAGAGAUCAAGGAUGGGACAGCUGGUUUGUCCCGGAAGCACUCCUCAGAGCCCACACUCAAAUAUUGAUGAACCCAUAAUGUAUCUUUACAGCAACAACCAAAAAUACACCUUCAAGUGCUGUAGCGAAUACGAAGCUAAAAAUUGGAUUGAUUCCAUCAACAUCAUCGCAGCAUUUGAUGGUUGCUACGUUGACAUGGGUGCUAUAUCCCAUACGAUCUCGUCGCUGAGGAAAACCAGUGUGCAUGAAAAACUGAAGAAGCUUGAAACCAACAAAUCAAUGAAACAAGAGAAGCUUGAGUAUUUCAGCUGUUUAAUGGAUAGUGUUCGACAUACACUUCCAAUAACGUCCAAAAUCCGUUCUAAUAUGAUGGAGUAUGCAAUCCAGUUGUCUAAAAAGAUGGAAUGGCUGCUUUACGAAAUCCGCAGAAACCAGAUAUAUAUGGGGAUCAUGUUACAGCUCAAUGAUCUCUCCGAAAGUCAAAGCUCCAGUGCUCGAAGCUCUGUAGAACAAAGCUUCAUUUUCAAUGAAACACUGGAGAGGUGUGAUACAGAUUGCACAACAAAUCAUGAUCACGAUCAUGAUACAAGUUUUGAUAUGGAUGAACUUCUAAAUACCUUUUAA